GCAACAUACUACAUCUUGCUUGGGAUAAAAGGCUUUCACUUGUUAUUGAAUUAGAAUUCAAUAUUGAAGAAGAUCAAAUAUGCGAUGCCUUCAAUGUAGGAAAUGAGGUUAUCGAUGAAAAAAAAUUUGUAUCCAAGUAUGUUAUUAGGUGUUUAUGAACUAUUCAUACAAUUCUAGACAUGCAAGUCUAAAAUAGGAGGAGGAGCUAUCCAAAAAAAGCCUUUAGUUUUCUUCGAGCAUCUAACAAAACAUACACAAAUGGCAAUUACCAGCAGUUGAAUGCACGACAAAGAUAGACACCGCCAUUUGCUCCACGCCACACAACAAUCUCUUCUCCGGCGAACAAAACCGUUUACCGGCCGACCCUUCCCUGCCAUUUUCCAGGAAUCGCACAUAUAUGCAAGAAAUCAAUCAAGGCAAGCUGAUCGAUCGGAGGAGGACGGGAUCGGAGUAAUGCAAGAAGACAGGGCCACGAGCAGCAGCAGCAGCAUGGACUCGUCGGAGCUGAGGAAGGUGUUCCAGAUGUUCGACAAGAACGGCGACGGCCAGAUCACCAAGAAGGAGCUGGGCGAGUCGCUGAGGAACCUGGGCAUCUACAUCCCCGACGACGAGCUGGACGCCAUCAUGGGCAAGAUCGACGCCAACGGCGACGGGUGCGUGGACGUGGAGGAGUUCGGCAAGCUCUACCGCUCCAUCGUCGGCGAGGGCCAGGGCGCCGACGACGGCGACAAGCGCGACGAGGAGGACAUGCGGGAGGCGUUCAACGUCUUCGACCAGAACGGCGACGGCUACAUCACCGUCGAGGAGCUGCGCUCCGUGCUGGCCAGCCUCGGCCUCAAGCAGGGCCGCGCGGCCGAGGACUGCCGCAAGAUGAUCAGCAAGGUGGACGCCGACGGCGACGGGCGCGUCGACUUCACGGAGUUCAAGCAGAUGAUGCGCGGCGGAGGGUUCGCCGCGCUAGGUAGAUGAUCGGAGGCGAGGAGGAUGCCCUGACUGUAGAUAUUCAUUCCUUCGGCAUGGUAAUGCGGCAGCCUGAUUGUGCACGUGUUGUAUUAUUUUCGCUAAUUAAUUUAUGCUUCUGUUGGUUUUUGUUGGAUUAUUUUCCUUGGAUAAAAGUGUUGUUCAAUUUAAUUGUAAGUAGAAACAAAGUUAGUGGUAACCGAGAAAUGUUUGUUUUGUAAUUUU